CGCAGGGAUCUGUGCUGUGCUGAGGCUGAGCUGAAUGAGAUUGAAGAAGAGUUCUUCUUGUUUUGUAGCUUCAGUUUCUCUGUUUUUACACAAAUUUUGCUAAAACUAAAUAUAAAAUAGCGCAACAAAACAAAGCUCCGCGGGGAGGAGUGAGCAGGACUGUUUGUGUGCUGUUAUUCCAUCGCGGAUCGGCUUCUUGGAGAUAUAUAUUUAAUUAAUCUAGAGGAGGACUGCUGCUGAGGCAGCACAGAGGGGUGGAGUCCAGUCCCACAGCCAGGUGCGGCACUUUAAUGCUUCAGGUGGAUGGUUUUCCUACUGGAGACGGUGUUAAGGUAAAAGCCCAGGCUGAUCGAUCGGCUGGCAGACUGACUGGAUCCAUGAUGGAACUACAGACGUUACAGGAGGCUCUGAAGGUGGAGAUCCAGAUCCAUCAGAAACUGGUUGCCCAGAUGAAGCAGGACCCUCAGAACGCAGAUCUGAAGAAGCAGCUCCACGAACUUCAAGCGAAGAUCACAGCGCUCAGUGAGAAGCAGAAGAAGGUGGUGGAGCAGCUGAGGAAGGAGCUGUUGGUGAAGCAGGAGCCAGAGGCAAAGCUGCAGCUGCACGUCCAAACUCCUCCAGGAGGCGUCGACAUCAAGCCGACCAACCUGCUGCAGAGCCAGCAGAUACCUGGAGCACUGCAGCAGACCCUGACAGUCACACCGGUCCUCACCACGAAGACUCUACCUCUGGUGCUGAAAGCUGCCGCCACGCCCACCUUGCCUGGAUCUGUCCUGCCACAACGCCCAGCCACUGUCACUAUGGUCACCACAGCUAUCACCAAACCCGACUCACAGAACGCCCCCAUCAAUCUGCAGGUGGCCAGUAAGCUGACCAAUCAGAGCUCGGAGCCCGUGCGACUGGUAUCCAAGAACACCAUGAUGGUGCAGGCCACCACCACCGCCCAGCCAAUCAAAGUUCCUCAGUUUGUCCCUCCUCCUAGACUGAUGCCUCGACCCACCUUUCAGCCACAGGUCAGGCCAAAACCGGCCACACCCACCAACGUCCCCAUCGCCCCGGCCCCUCCCCCGCCCAUGAUGGCAGCCCCCCAGCUUCUCCAGAGGCCCGUCAUGUUGGCUACCAAGCUGUCGUCCUCGCUGACCUCGGCGGCUCCCAUCCACCAGGUCCGUAUCGUUAACGGUCAGCCCUGCGGUAAGACCCCGCUGACAGGCAUCGUCAUCACCACGCCGGUCACCGCCGCCCCCACCCGCCUCGCCAGCCCCGCCCAGGCCCCCAACCCCACCCCUAUCCCCACCCCGGCUCCUGCCCAGCCGAUCCAGAUCAGCAGCCUGACCACUGAGCCCAAGCAGACUGUUAAACCCGAGCAGAAGGCCGUCGUCAGCCUCCCCUCUUCCUCCACUCCUCCACUGUCUCCUCCUGCCAGACCCAAGAAAGAGGAGAGCCCAGAGAAACUGGCCUUCAUGGUGUCCUUGGGUCUCGUAACACACGACCACUUGGAAGAAAUCCAGAGCAAAAGGCAGGAGAGGAAGAGAAGAACGACGGCCAACCCGGUGUACAGCGGCGCCGUGUUUGAACCCGAGAGGAAAAAGAGUGCAGUGAGUUACCUGAACAGCCCUCUGCACCAGGGGACCAGGAAGAGAGGUCGCCCACCCAAAUACAGCAGCGUCCCGGAGCUGGGCAGCCUCACCCCGACCUCCCCCUCCAGCCCCGUCCAUCCCCUCCCCCUGCCCAGCCCCAGCUCUGGGGAUGGAGACAUCCAUGAGGAUUUCUGCACUGUGUGCAGACGCAGUGGCCAGUUGCUCAUGUGCGACACGUGUUCUCGUGUUUAUCACCUGGACUGCCUGGAUCCACCCCUGAAAACCAUUCCUAAAGGCAUGUGGAUCUGUCCAAAAUGUCAAGAUCAGAUCCUGAAAAAAGAAGAAGCCAUUCCCUGGCCCGGCACACUGGCUAUUGUUCAUUCCUACAUCGCUUACAAAGAAGCUAAAGAAGAGGAGAAACAGAAGCUGAUGAAAUGGAGUUCUGAGCUGAAGCUGGAGCGAGAGCAGCUGGAACAGAGAGUCAAACAGCUCAGCAACUCCAUAACGAAAUGCAUGGAGACCAAAAACACCAUCCUGGCUCGUCAGAAGGACAUGCAGCUCUCCCUGGAAAAAGUCAAACACCUGAUUCGCCUCAUCCAAGCCUUCAAUUUCAACCAAGCCCUGGCAGAGACAGAGGGCAAGGACGGCAGUGCGAGAGUCCAGGACGGCGCUGAAGGAGCAGUCGGCUCUGAAGCCGCACCAGAAGCCAACUCUGCAGAGAAAGCGAAGGCCGGGAGCUCCUCGGCCAGCGGCAGCACUGAUGUGAACGACAAACAAGAGGAACACGGGACCGCAGGGAACAACCAGACGACAGGAGCAGUAGGAGGAGACUCCAGCAGCCAGGCUGUCCUAGAAGACAGCGUAGUCCUAACAGCAGAUAACUGCCCCGGCGUAGCGGCAGGGGGUAAGGCAGGGCCUGGUGUUGGAGCAGGGGGACGGGGUGACACAGGGACUGGUCUCCAGGUGGAGGUUGUGACCAAGCCUGAGACUGCGGCAGCUCUGGCGGUUGACAUUCCCACUUCCUCAGUGGUCGCGACUGUUGCCACCACCAACGGCACGGCCGAGUCGGCCUGCCCUGACCGCAGCCCCGCAGGAGGCUGCACCACCACCAACUCUGAGAACAAGAUGACUGCCGUCCACCCUCCAGAGACAGCGGUGGAGAAGACGCAGGAGGAGCUCACUGACAGUGACGGCAGCAACACCAACAACAGCAAAACCUCAGAACCCUCCCAGCAUUCUUUGCCAGCUCUUGUCAGCAGUUUGGACAAUAAAGAGUAAUGCUACGUCUCUUGAGUUGUGGGAAUUCAAACAUAUAUAUUAAAAAAAAAGACUCUUGCUUGCACCGUACGGUGCCCUGAAGUUGCCAAUCUGUAUAAAUGUUGUUUGUUUGCAUUGUAUUGUCAGACUGUGUCAAUGGUAGAUAUACAGCCCAAGUCACAUGACUCUGGGAAGACGUAGGCCGCCCCGCCCACAGCGCUGGGGUACGGGAGGGCUUACGUUCCAGUGUCAUCAUGCCAAUUAGUGAUAGACGUCAGUGGUGGGAAUGCUCAAAGGGAGAUUUAAUUCAUCAUCACACCAGUGUGUGCCUGUUCUAGUGGCCCCUGUGUUCUCUUGUGGGGUGGGGAGACGGUUCACAUGGGUACAGAGAAAACCGAGAACAUGGAACCAAACAUCUGUCAGGGGUCUAAAAAGCAGUGUUGUGAUAGAGUAUGCGUACUGAAAAGAGAACCUGUUCAUCUCCUCGUCCCAACGAACUUAAUGUGAACAACCUUUAACUUCUGCAGUUCCCCAUAAUCUCCUCUAACCUUUGAAUCACCCCAAACCUUAACCAAUAAGUCUUACCUAACCCCUAACCCCUACCUCUGCCCAUCCAAAACAGACUUUCCUGACUUCCCCUUUAACCAACAACUUAAACCAUCUUCAGCCAGCACAAACCGGUAACCUUCCCUUCCCUGGUCCACCACCAAUCCGCUGUGUCCUCCCUGUCAAACCCCCAAAAAAGGUUCAGGACGCUCCAAACAAAAGGUCUUACUGUGUGUCGUGUGAACACAUGUUAAGGCCAAAGUGUUUAAAGCUGUUCAAAAGGCCACACUCGAAGGCUGGCCGGUCAUUCUCACUGUCAGAACGUCUCCUCGAACGAAGUCAAACAAAAAAGACACCUCGAGAGUAAAGUUCAAACCUCUCAACCGGCCAAUCGCUGUGUUAAAUGUGAUGUUUGAAUUGCUGGUUUUGGAAAGUUACCUGCUUUGUUUGCAGCAUACUGACACCUUUACAUUGACCCCUCCAUCAACCUGCGUCUGAAGUCUUCUUCCGUCAGCAGAAAAACACAACCUUUCCUAUCGACCAGUAGCGGUAACCUUCCCCUUGUGACUAAAAGUCAAAUUUAGGUCCACCAGCGAACUAACGACCCCGCCCUCCUAAUCCCAAAUGGGCUCAAACAAACCAGUUUGUGCAAUCUGACAGAUGCAGCCCCGACCCAGUUUGUCGGGACACGAGAUUCAGACGCUGUUUGGCGAUCUGUUGUUUGAAGCGUACUGAUGCCUUUAAACUAACGUCUCUAACGUCCAAAUCAACCUACGACUUUAACCGUGUUCAUUUAACAAAAAACCCAACCUGUCCUAUCAACCAAUAACCUUUCCUAGUGACCAAAACUCAAACCUAACAACCCAAACCCAGUUAACUGAAGACUCCACCCUCUCCCAGCUGGCCAAUGACGGAACCCCCUCCCCCAUCUCUUUCCCUACUCGAAUCCCUGAGCUCAGGCAGAAAAGACGCUGAGCGUCGUGUUCAGCAGGUACGGAGGACGAGGUCGAACAGGCGCGGUAGCCUAACAGAUGUUAUCAGUGGUGUCGGUCAAGUGUAGUGAUUGAGUUUUUCAUUCGUGAGUCAAGUGUGUCAACUGUGAGCACUAAAUGUGAAAUUGCAAUAUUGCAAUGUCAACACACACAAACUAUCUGGGCUGUGUUUCUUUUUUAUAGGAAAAGAUAUUCAGGUCUUCCUAGUCUUCAGAAUAAGUGCUUUCUGUUCCUGAACCUGCUGGACUGGCAUUAUCAACACAAAAAGGAAUCCUCUUUUUGAAGUGGUGAUCUUUGCAUUAAGUACAUUUCUGUUGAAUCCUGAACUGCCAAAAUGAUGUUGUAUCCAAAUUCAGCAGGGACAAGUCCACUUACUGUAUUGAAAGAUCAAAUCAUUGGCGUUGUAAGAUUUAGAAGCUACCAUUUCAGAAAUUGGACGUCCCCAGAUUGAGACAGGAGAGCUUAUUAAACAAUAACAUUAAAGGAACUUUUUGUUCCUUGAAAUGGAAGGAUUUGUUGUGUGAACCUGCUCCUUCAGGUGGAUCUCACAGGACAAUACCACAAAUCCUGAGAUUAAAGCACAAGCUUGCUGCAUUACAAAGAAGUGCUGAAGAGCUUUUUGUAUGUUAAUAUGGAAUUAAACAGAGUAUGCAUCUCUUUGUUGUGAUGUGACUUAUCCCCACAUUGCCAAUAUUUUUCUAGGAGGAAAUACAAACCUCUGUCUGACAUCAAUGCUCAAGUCUAGUUCAUAUUUUCGGGAGGAAUUGCUGGGCUUCUGUCUCAGAAAGCCCUUCAUCCCCUCACACAUCUCUUUUCUUUCUGGAGCAUGUCUGGGCUGCAACGUGAUGCUGUUAUGUGUUGGCUUGGUGGCUGUCAGUUCGGGUCUGUCUUUGUCUGGUGAACUGAUCAUGACUUCUGGCUUGUUGGGUACGGGGCAUUAACAAACUCUGGUCUGCUCUUUAACUCGCUGGUUGUGCUGGAAUUUCUUUCUUUCUUUCUUUUUUGCAAUAUUGCAGAGUUUUGCUCACAUUUUUAUUCGUCCAACAACUUAUUCGCCCCGAUGAGAGAAUUCUAGGGAAUGCAGUGUCCGUAUUUCCGUCAGGGUCAACAAGUUUUCAUUCAUCCUGUGAAAUAUCUCCUCCUCCACUGGUUGGCUCAAAACGUGGUUCAUGUCCCCUCAGGAUGAACUGUACUGAACUCUGGUGGUCCUCUGACUUCCCAUCUAGCGCCAUCAUCAGAUCAACAUGUUAAUGUGUCCAAAUACUGAUGACAUUCCCAUCAGCCUCAGCUGUACGCUGUGUUUACUGCUAAUUAGCUAAUGUUAGCAUGCUAACACGCUAAACUAAGAUGGUGAACAUUCUAUGUGGUAAAAAUCAGCGUGUUAGCAUGCUGAUAUUAGCAUUUAGUUAAGCUAAACAGAGCUCUCACGGUGCAGGAGGAAAUUCUUAAACAAUAAAAUAAUAUUGAUGCCUCUUUCUGCACAGACCUCCAAUAGCAUCGUAAACAUGCACGUGAUGGUGGGGUUGAAUAUGUUGUUGGGCGACUGUGAAAUAAGCUGUUACUGGUGUCAUUUUUUCAUAUCAUACGGACUCUUGUAACUGAAUCAGCAUAUCUGACACAUGAUUAUCUGACAUCAGCUGUACAAACUGCCUUCAUUCAGAAGAUCCCAGAAAAAGAAAGCAGAGGAAAUCUCUGUAACAUUUCCACACGUUUGGCCACAGUGCUGUCUGAUAAAUGUAAUUUGUGUCUAAUGGAGAGUUUAGCCAUUCGAACGUGGACGGAAGAGACUGGCCAGGGAUGCAAUCCAAAAGAAAACGGCAACUUAAACGUCCCCGGUUCCUUAUGAAGUCCAUUCGUUGUGUGUUUUGUUCUUUGUCGGCUUACUCGGGUGGACGUUCUUCUUCUUUCAACAUGUCGGCCUGUGUUCACUCAUGGAUAGAGCAGCGCAGUCUUUCACUCUCUUCACUCAACAAGUUUUUCUUUGAACACACCCAAACUUGUGUUCCAGACAAACUGGACCUUUCCCUCUGUACAGUAGGUACCUCGAGUGCCUUUCUUCAAACAGCAGAUAAUAUUUGUCUCUUGACUUGCACUGUGACUUGUAGAACCUUACUAACCCUCCAGAUGAUCCUCCCUCCCAACCCGACCCGACCCGCCGUCCUCUGGACUGUCCCAUCCCACCAAGCUCCUUCAAACUCCGGAGCACAAACCCGGUCCCUUCACCUCAGGCUGCCAGAAGUCGAUGCGAGUUGAAACUACAUUUCAUAUUAUGGCGUUUAGAUUGACCAGAUAGUGUUUUGUUGUUGUUAAUAAUAGGAGUUGCCUUAAAUGUCUUUUAUUUUCCUUUUUUACGUGAUUAACUCUUACCAUUAGGGGGGAAAAUAUCGCUGCAGGCGCUGGGGAAGCUCAGAGGUAGUUGGCUGAAAACCUGGCGCUCAGCGGCCAAUAAAAUGCUCCAAAGAGGGACUGUUGAUUGAUCUUUUGUGCGGUGUGACAGCCAGUUGUUUUGUGAUGCACUUUUGGUUUGACCAGUAUUAUUAGUCUAAAAAUGGGACCCGACAGCAGAAUCGCAGUCAUGAAUCUGGCUCUGGAUUUGAGUUCCUAGUUUUCCCUGACUGGUCCUGAGUCAGGACUCGGGAGCUCUUUUUGUUUUCCCUCGUCCAUCAUUCCGUCUGUGCUGUGGUUCUUCUUGUGUUUCGGAAGAGGGAUGAGUUUGCUAAAUCAGGUCACGUGAGCCGGAGCCUGUGUGCAUUUGGUACGAACAAACUAACCUGCACCCUGACGGACAGACUUAGACCCAAUUAGCAACAUCUGUCCACUCAGUCCGGUGGAACGCAUGCCUUCUUAUGCAAAUUUUUAUACAAGAUUUGUCAAACCUUUUUUAAUAUGCAUUUGUUUUUGUUUUGUUUUUUUAAGUUUUUAUGUGAAACUCAAGUCACCUUUUUUUUCCUUUUGAACAUUCUGGCAUCUGAUGCCAAACGUGUGCAGUUUAGGCGUUGGAACAGUUUCGGUAGCCAUCCUCCACUUCCUCCUGACGUCAUGUUUUUAUGGUCGGAGCUGAGAAGGUUUUGGCUCCUUAGUUUAGAUUUUAAUUUGAACUUGGCUAAUGCACCAUGCUGAAUGUGGGGAUCCCAGCAGGGCUUUAAGGGGGCCGGGCCUCGAUCAAGUCUUAAGGUCUAAAUUGUGUCAUUUCUAUUGAGUCAAGCUCUAAAGGUGAAUUUUUAUCCAAAGAACACUGCACAUGUGCAUUUCUGUUUGGAAGCCUUUAUGUAGUUGAUGCAUAUCAUUUGGAAAUUCAUUUCUGCGUCGGCAUCGUGUGCAUUCACCGAGCUGGACAAGGACCAUGUGUUGGCAGCUGAGAGCUGUUAGUCUUAUAUGCAUUCAGUAUGUUCAUCUCCAGUUCCCUGUGUGGUGAAGUAGUUCAGUCCGACUCGAGUCUUUUCAGAUUUUAGUUUUUAAAAAACGAUCAAGUCAUGAUUGUGGCCUUCUAGUAUUUUGUCGAUACAUGACAUCAACCCGUUGUUACCGCUCACCAUCCAUCCUGUCCGGACCCAACUGUACACCUGAAGCUUCUUACCUCAUCCACAGCUAAUUCCAUCGGGGGUGUGUUGAGUGCAAAAAAAUAAAAUAACCUAAAAAACAAAAUAAGUCUUUUUUUAUCUUCCAUUUGGUGAGAUGCAUUGUAGCGAUAUGAAUAAAGAAAAAGUUCACCUGGUGUGCUGAAUAAUGUGUAAAUUGGUAAUUACACAAUCUGAAUAUUUGUAUAAUUGUUUGUAUUUUUUCAUAAUGAUUUUGGAAAGGAAUGUGUUUAUUUUUUUGACUUCUGUUCCAGAUGUGUCUUCUGUUGGCCUGACAUUGUGACUGGUCUGGUGGGAUUCUUACCUCUGUAUUGAGCCUCUUCUGUGAUGAAUUCUUUGUAUGCAGUGUUUAGGAAAUACUGUAGGGAACAUGGGGAGGAGUUGAUAUUAGGAGCAUUUGAUCAAUUUGUAUUUAUUUAUUUUAUCAUUUUGUUAAUAAAUUGUGAAAAGCA